AGUCACAUCAUCCUACCUCGGUGGAUGGCUUGGCCUCUUGGGUAGUUCAAGACUCUUGAUUGACCACACUUUAUGCAAAAUCUGGAAUAUUCUUGCCUGGACUCUCUUCUGUUUUCUAAGGGUUCAUGUUGGGGAGAGGUCUAAAACGCAAGCUGAGUGACUAUGAGGAGAACAUGGCUGGUCUCUCGAGUGCCUUUGAUUCCAGUCGAAGUCUGUCAUACCCACUUAAGAGGCAGCUGGUGCUUAAUAUGUGCCUCACCAAGUUACAGACCUACAAAAUGCUGGUGGAACCGAACUUACACCGUUCUGUCCUCAUAGCCAACACAGUGCGGCAAAUUCAGGAGGAAAUGAGACAAGAGAGUAAUCAGCAGCCAGUUAAUGUCUGCCCUGGCAUUACUCCUAGUUCUCACAGCUACAUGGAGUCAUCUGGGAUUUCUCUUCAGUUGCCUUCAGGUAUUAGUCAGCAAGAGUCUAACUGUUGCGACUUGCGGUCUGUAGAAGACCCAAUUGAGAAUAGCCUGCUGAUAGUUUCAGAUGAUGAUAUGUCAUCUGCUAUUUCAUCUAUCCUGAAGGAUUUAGACUUUGUAGAAGAUAUAAGCCCACCUACUUGUCUGGUUCCUACUGGAGAUGACCAGCCAAAGUUUCCAGAAAAUACCGGUCUAAAACUAGAAGAUGAUAGACAGGAUUUGAAGGGAGCUGAAUGUGUGUUUGGUUCCUUUGAGAUUUCAAAUUCAACUAGUUACUUGAAGGAUUUGGCGAUAGAUGACAUUUUUGAAGAUAUUGACACUUCAAUGUAUGAUUCAGACUUCUGUUGCCCUCCGCUUAUGCCGCCCAGACCACCAUCUCUUGCUACAGAAGAACCAUUGAAAACCUUCCCAUCUUGUAAUACUUCUUCAGCAAGCAACAUUCAGAUAUGUAGAGCAGAUCUGAGUGAGUUGGACCACAUCAUGGAAAUUCUUGUUGGAUCCUGA